UGGAGCUCUGUUGUGUUGUUGUUAGACCAGCGUUUGGUUGGUCGCCGCAGAAGUGAACGGUAACUAGCAGUAGGAGCGUCUGAAGGAAGUCGGUCAGAUGACUAAUGAAUGACAGUUAACAGUGCUACAAAAGCUGUGGUCAUUUUUCUGAUAGGGCAGACAUAGAGCGAACGAUGCCAGAGCGCUCAGUCGACUCAAAGAGUCGCCGCAUUUUUUGUUUAACUUUAAAUAGGAGGUUCACUUUUCGCGUAUAAUCUUAGCUUUUGCAAGUCCCUCAUCGUGUCCGAAGCUGAACUGGAACAGAAACAUCUUACAUAGGUAUUUCUGAUAUCGGCGAAGUAGACUAAGCUCGAUUAAACGGCUCUAAUAUGAAAAGAGAAGUCUCUGAAGACUCGGACACGUUAGGCUUCGUUUCCCAGAAAGAAAUUAUUUACAACAGACUUCUGCCUUAUGAGAGCAAAUUAGAUGCAGAGUCAAAUGAAAUACUGGCACAGAUCAAAGGAAACAUUGGUCGGGCCGUCCAACUUAGAGAAAUAUGGCCAGGGGUGCUGUUUUGGACCAGGAAACUUUCCACGUACAUUCGGCUGUAUGGCAGGAAGUUCAGCAAAGAGGACCAUGUUCUGUUUAUCAAGCUCCUGUACGAGCUGGUGACCCUUCCCAAGCUGGAGAUCAGCAUGAUGCAGGGUUUUGCCCGUCUCCUCAUCAGCUUGCUCAAAAAAAGAGAGUUGCUAUCUAGAGAUGACCUGGAAUUACCGUGGAGACCCUUAUACGAGUUACAGGAGAGGAUCCUGUAUUCAAAAACAGAACACCUUGGCCUGAACUGGUUCCCCAGUUCUCUGCGGCCACGCUCUGCUUCUAAGCACAUAAUCAUAAAAAUUGCUCAGAGGUGCUCAGUGGAAGGAGUAUUGAGGGCUUUGGUCAAGAACUGCAGACCCUAUUUCCCUGAGUCAGCUACUCAGGAAAUGCUGGUUGAGUGGAGACCACUGCUGUGUCCGUUUGACGUGACGAUGCAAAGAGCCAUUGGCUACUUUGAGCUUUUUCUGCCCACCACUCUGCCUCCUCACCUACACCACAGAGGCUUCAAAUUAUGGUUUAAGGACCUGAUAGACCUUUGGGUGACUGUACAGAAUCUUCCCGCAUGGGAAAUGCAUCUUGUAGGUCUCUUUGCUCGAUUGGCUAAUGACAACAUUGGCUACAUAGACUGGGAUCCCUAUAUACCCAAGAUUUUUACAAGGAUUUUGAGAAGUCUCAAUCUUCCAGUAGGAUCCAGUCAGACUCUUGUGUCCCGAUACCAGACGAAUGCCUAUGACAUCAGUCAUGUAGCCACAUGGGUCACAGCUUUAUUGGGAGGGCCUGGGAAACAGGCCCAGACUCAACUGAGUGGCCUUUUCAAUAGUAUCAGCUCUUUCUUCCAUCCUUCUAAUCAUGGGCGAUGGUUGAUGAAGUUGAUGAAACUCCUACAGAGAUUGCCAGCAAGUGUGGUGCGGCGGCUACACCGUGAGCGCUACCGCAAGCCCACUUGGUUGGCCCCAGUGCCUGAGAGCCAUCGGCUCACUGAGCAGGACAUCACUGAUUUUGUGUCCAGCAUGAAGCAGUCUGUCCUAUUGGCCAUGUUUAGUAAAACUGGUAGCCUGGAUGCAGCUCAGGCCCUGCAGAACCUGGCUUUACUCCAACCUGAGCUUGUCAUUCCCCCAGUGCUGGAGAAGACGUACCCUGCCAUGGAGACACUGACAGAGCCACACCAGUUAACAGCCACUUUAAGCUGCAUGAUUGCAGUGGCUCGAAGUCUGGUGACAGGUGGCCAGCGAUUCCCCGAGGGUCCCACACACAUGCUGCCCCUGCUCAUGAGGGCAUUGCCUGGCAUUGACCCAAAUGACUUCAGCAAGUGCAUGAUAACAUUCCAGUUUAUAGCUACAUUUACAACUCUUGUGCCCCUGGUGGACUGCUCAUCUGCUGUUCAAGAAAGAAAUGACCUGACCAAGGUGGAGAAAGAGCUAUGCUCAGCCUCAGCAGAGUUUGAGGAUUUUGUUCUUCAGUUCAUGGAUAGGUGUUUUGCACUGAUUGACAGCAGCACUCUAGAGCAGACUCGAGAAGAGAUGGAGACAGAAAAGACUCAUCUGGAGAGCCUAGUGGAGCUGGGCCUGUCCUCCACCUUCAGCACUAUUCUCACCCAGUGCUCCACGGAGAUAUUCCAGGUUGCUUUGGAGAAGGUCUUCAUCUUCGCCACGACCAAUAUCUUUGAGACUCAUGUAGCAGGGAGAAUGGUGGCAGACAUGUGUCGAGCAGCUGCUAAGUGUCAGCCAGAAAAGUCUCUCAAGCUUUUCGUCCCACACUGCUGCAAUGCCAUAAUUCAUAUCACAACCAAUGAGGAGGUGUUGAAUGAUGAGGAAUUGGAUAAAGAUUUGAUGUGGAACCUGCAACUGUUAUCUGAGGUCACUCGGGUGGAUGGAGAUAAACUGUUGCCUUACAGUGCUCAGCUUGUGCAGAUUCUUCAGCUUACAUUGCACCUGAAGAGUAAGCAGGGCUACAGUCUAGCCUGCAGUCUGCUGUACUACACACUGCGCUCCACAGCCCUUAUCUAUCCCAUUGAGUACUGCAGCGUACCUGGCGGAUUCCAGCAGCCCCACCACCAGCACCUGCCCAUCAAGGACUGGGGGCGACCAGGGGAUCUGUUGAACUUGGCCAUCCAGUGGCACAUGCCCAGUGAGGAAGAGAAAAGUUUUGUGUUUAACACUCUGGACCUGCUUCUGCAAAAUGAACUAAAGCAACUGCAGAGGCAUGUGCAGGGAGAGCAAGAGAUGAGCAGGGAUGAUAUACUGCAGAGUCUGUCCAUAGUGCAUCACUGCCUUCUGGGUGCUGGCAGCCUUCUGCCUCCACUGCGUGGAGAACCGGUGCCGGAGCUUGUCCAUAGUAUGGUGCAACUCUGUGAGACAAAUCUGUACACUGGUGUGGAAUAUGACAUGUCAAGACAGAACUACAGAGAGGUCAUCUGUACAGUGAUAAGACAGCUGCUGCACCACAUCCUUGAUCACUCUGAGGAUGACACCAAAUCACUGUUUUCCAUCAUAAAGGUCAUAAAUGACCUACUGCACUUCAGAGGCUCACAUAAACAUGAAUUUGAGUCACGUUGGAAGAGCUUCAGCCUGGUUAAGAAAUCCAUGGAGAACCGGCUCCAUGGAAGCAAACAACACAUUCGAGCAUUGCUCAUCGACAGAGUAAUGCUACAACAUGAGCUAAGGAAUUUGACAGUGGAGGGCUGCAAGUACCUCACUGUUCACCAGAAUCUCAUAAAGGACUUGCUCCGACUGUCCACCACCACUUACAGUCAGGUGAGGAGUAAAGCUCAGAGUGUGCUCUUUACUGCCCUGGGAACCUACAACUUCUGCUGCCGAGAUAUAAUCCCUCGAGUGCUGGAAUACCUGGACCCUACCCGCACCAACGUCACCCAACAGCAAUUUAAAGGUGCCUUGUACUGUCUUCUUGGGAACCACAAUGGAGUGUGCUUGGCUAAUCUUCAGUACUGGGACUGCAUAGCACUAAUGUGGCCCGCUAUUGUGCGCUCUGGUCUCUGUCCCACCAUGUAUCUGGAGAAGCCCUCGGUAGUGCGACUCUUUGACGAUCUCGCCGACAAAAUUCACCGUCAGUUUGAGACCAUCAGCAUUGACUUCUCUAUACCUCAGAGUUGUCUGGACGUGGCCAUGAAGAUCCUGAACUCCACUUACCCAAAGCCAAGCCUGAGUGUGGCCACUGAAGAGGAGGAACUGGAGGGCAUUCAGAGGCAAGAACAGAAGAACAGAGACUCAGCACAGAAAUACAAGAAGCUAGUUGAAGAUCUUUUGGACUGCAUCAGUCACAGAAAUAUGCCCUGGAAGUUUGAGCAUAUUGCCAUUGGUUUCCUGUCCCUGAUGCUUAGAGACGACUGCUGUCUACCUUCUCGUGCUGUCCUCUUCUUCGUUCAAAGUCUCAACCAUGACUCCCUCUUAGUCCGCAAGGUUGCAAUAUCAGCUUUAGCUGGCAUCUUGAAGCAGCUGAAGAGACCACGUAAAAAGGUGUCAGUUAGUCCAUAUGACCUCUCUGAGCUCAAAACAUCUCUAGAAUCAUGGAGAGGUAAGCAUGCAGACUCGAUGGUAUCAGGAGACAGGCCUGAUAACCAGUGGCUGCAGUACAACAGCAGCAGACUGCCUCGCUCCCAGCAGGACUGGGACAAGUGCUGCUUCAUAGAGAAAACUCACUGGGGCUACUCCACCUGGCCACGGAAACUGAUGUUGCAUGCACCUUUUGAAGAGCAACCCAAACAAGGCAAAACCAGAGAGGAAAUGACAGAGAGGGAGCAGAUCAUCUAUGAUCAUUUCUCCGACCCCAUCUUCGUAGACCAGCUCAUUCAGUAUCUCUCACUGGAAGACCGGAAGGGUAAAGACAAGUUCAGCCCUCGCCGCUUCUGCCUCUUCAAGGGUCUUUUCCGGAAUUUCGAUGACAGCUUCCUGCCAGUGCUGAAGCCACAUAUGGAGCAGCUGGUAGGAGACACACAUGAGAGCAAACAGCGCUGUGUAGCUGAGAUUAUCUCUGGCCUCAUCAGAGGAUCAAAACACUGGAGCUACAGCAAGGUGGAAAAGCUGUGGGCUAUGCUCUGUCCUAUCCUCCGUACUGCACUUUCUAAUAUUACCAUUGAAACAUAUGGUGACUGGGGCACCUGCAUUGCCACUGCUUGUGAGAGCAGAGACCCACGGAAGCUGCACUGGCUGUUUGAAUUGCUAAUGGAGUCUCCUGUCAAUGGAGAGGGAGGCUCCUUUGUUGAUGCCUGUCGUUUGUAUGUACUGCAGGGAGGCCUUGCUCAGCAGGAGUGGAGAGUUCCAGAACUGCUUCACAGACUGCUGCAGUAUCUAGAACCCAAACUCACACAGGUCUAUAAAAACGUACGCGAACGCAUUGGCAGCGUGCUCACCUACAUCUUUAUGAUUGAUGUGAAUCUGCCACACACACAGCCCACCACCUCUCCACACAUUGCUGAUUUCACGGCCCGCAUGCUGUCCCGCCUCAAACCACUGCUGGAGUCCGAGGGAGAGAUCCAGAACCAUGUGCUGGAUGAUAACACUGAGGAACAGGAUGAGAGGACCCAGGCCAUCAAGCUGUUCAAAACUGUGCUGAAGUGGCUGAUGACAAGUGCAGGACGCACUUUCUCCUCAGCUCUCCCAGAACAGCUCCAACUUCUGCCUCUUCUAUUCAAAAUCGCUCCUGUGGAGAAUGAUGACAGUUUUGAUGAGAUGAAGACAGAUGCUAAGACAUGCCUCUCUUUGAUGUCUCAGGGUCUACUGUACACAGAACAGAUCCCACAAGUCCUCAGCACUCUACAGGAGAUUUCGAAGAGCAGCUCGUGGCACGCUCGCUACACUGUGCUCACCUACCUGCAGAUCAUGGUGUUCUACAAUCUGUUCACUUUCCUCAGCGAGCCCAAGGCUGUCAGCCAGGUUCGGGCACUCGUUUUAGAGCUGCUGGAGGAUGAGCAGUUGGAGGUGAGGGAAAUGGCUGCUACUACUCUGAGUGGUUUCCUGCAGUGUAAUUUCCUGUUGAUGGAUAAACACAUGCAAGCUCAUUUUGAGACCCUCAGUAAGACCCAGCUGCCAAAUCGCAGGAGGAGGGUACUGGGCUCUGUGGUGGACACCAUUCCUUCUGCUGAACUGGUACGGCGGCAUGCUGGAGUUUUGGGUCUGAGUGCCUGUGUCCUCUCUAGACCAUAUGACGUCCCCACCUGGAUGCCCCAGAUCCUCAUGGACCUCAGCGCUCAUCUAAAUGAAACGCAGCCCAUCGGGAUGACCGUGAGGAAAACCCUCUCUGACUUCCGUCGGACUCAUCAUGAUAACUGGCAGGAGCACAAGCAGCAGUUCACUGAUGACCAGCUUCUAGUGCUCACUGACCUGCUGGUCUCACCAUGCUACUAUGCCUAAACUCAGGACAUUGUGCAGCUCUUCACUGGAGACGUCGAGCUCACACAAGGAAGGAGCUGCUUGAUAACAAACUUUUCAAUGACAUAUAAUGAGGUGUACUAAAAUAGCAAAGUGUGUUUUUAUUCUGAUAUGCUUAAUAUUUAAGAUUUAACCAUUAGCAGGGAUGACUGGCCUGCAGUGUGUAAUAUUCCUGUACAGAUUAAUUUUCUGAUUAUGGGGAGCAUGCCUGUGUUUGCUUUGGAGAAAUAAUUUUUUACUUCUUAGUUUGGACAGUUUGAGUCUAUUUGAUGCACUGUGCACUGUUUGAUUCUAUUUGAUGCUGUCUGGUGGUUUGUGUACUGCAAAAAAUCUAUUUACACUACUGUGCAAAAGUCAAAACCUUUCAUUUAGUAGAAAUUACACUUGCAUAAGGAAGAGGAAAGUCAAAUGAGUGAAAAAGCAGGAGUUUCCCAGACGAAUUAUUAAAAGGCUCAGAAAAACUGGGACCUUAUAGAACUGCCAGAACUGUCGCCAUCAGUUAAACAGUACUUAAAGCUUUCAUCUUUGAGAGAUCUUUGCAGAUCGAACAUAGACAUGUUGGUGUUUUCAGAACCAAGGAAUGUUCACCCCAGAGCUCAACAUCAUUUAAUGUGUUUGCGAUUGCUUGGAUUAUAAGAUAUAGAAAAUACAACCAACUGAACUUUGGAAGUGUGAAAAAUAUCCCUGAAGAUGAAAAACUAAGCAAGUCUCCCCAAAAAAAAUGGAAGCUGUAAUAAAGGCAAAACCUGGGUGCACAGCCUUGUUAAGCCUUCUGGGUUUUUUUGUUUGUUUGUUUGUUUGUUUUUUUGAUAUGCUACUUAAAGGCCGUUUUAAUAGAAAGUUCAAUAAAUGAAGACUGCUGUCCGACUUUUGCACAGUGCUGUAUGUAUUUGAACAUAUAUUUUCCAGUGGUACGUACUUAUGUAUUACAGUAUUUAUUUGUUUUAUUUAAGAUAUAUUUUGAAGCCAUAAUAAUUGCUUAAUGGUUUUGGGGUUUUGGGCUUUAUGAUCAUGUUCCCUAGCCUUAGUUGUGAGAGUAUUAUUAUUAUUAUUAGUACAUUUUUUACAUUUUUAUUAUUUUGUUACAGCAAAGCAGAGAAAAAGACAGAGAGAGUGUGUUUGCAUAUGAAUGAGCAUGAGGAAGACAAAGGGCGUCUCUUAUCUUGAUGCAGUGUCAUUAGCUUGAAGUGUGUGUGUGUGUGUGUGUGUGUGUGUGUGUGUGUGUGUGUGUGUGUGUGUGUGUGUGUGUGUGUGUGUGUGUGAGAGAGUUGCCAUGUAUUUGAGAGCAGUGUCAUUAAAAUGGAUGCAGUGACUAAAGACCCUUUUAAGCUCCAUGCACUACUUCAUCUCUGCUAUCUCUCUUUGUUUUUACGUACAGCAUGUCUUUUAUUAUCAGAGUAGGUACAAAGAAGGAACACUUAGCACUGAAAUGUUAAAUCCAUCUCAUUGUAUUUAUUUUAUGACAAACUCUGAACACAGUGGAAGCUUAACAUCCACCCACACUAUGAAACGAGAAUGUGCUUAAAGGUAAACUUUUGUUUUUCAGCCUAAUCUCUUUCUGCAGCACCUGUAGUACACACUCAGUUAACAUGAACGUUCCCCUUGAUGCAGUUUCUUUUGCUUGGAAGAAAACAGAAAGCAACACUUAUAGUAGAAGUCAAAGGGCACUUGCUUUAGCAUCUGUUCACUGGCUUCUAUUACAAGAGUGCUUUAAGAAAGGCGUUUAUAAUUCCACCAAAUUUUCAAAAUGUCUCUGUAAUUCAGAGUGGUUUAUUGUGGACAAGCUUACCGAAUCAGAUUUCUUCACAUUGGUGGUGAUGGGAACGAGGGCUACAUCUACAAAACAAAUACAGCCAUUUUAUUUACUGUCCCGAAUGACCAGUGAACCUAAACAUGUUCUACGUUCUUGCAUGUAAGGUUAAUAACUAAAACAGUGAAGCUGAAAAAGUUUUCCAUCACUUCCCACAACUUUUGGCUCAAAAUAUUAUCUCAGACCUAUCACAAAGCACCAGGGAGUGUAUUCUUUAUAAUAACUUGUAAUAACAGGAGAUUUCACAUCAAACCGCAUGGAAGGUGGUUUUCAUCAUAAAUAUGUAAUUAUGCAAAGAUUAUGUUUAUAAAAUAAGCGGAAUUCCCCUUUAACAGGUUUUUGGUAAAGGGAGAGGCACAGAAUUGUCCAUGGCAAGUGAGGCUUCUGAUGUGGCACAUGGAGAUUAGGUUGAAAAACACUGGAGUAUUCUUUUUUUGUGUAGUUAAACGAGUCAGCGGACACUGUAAAUGAUAAAAGCAGGUCUACCAUGGACAUAAAAAUGAAAGAAAAUUGUCUUUCAUGUGUACAGACUAUGGAAUGUGAAGUCCAGGAUGAUGCUGCUUCAGUUAGCAGACAUGAAAAAUCAUCUUUAUAUGUAAACCACCCUGAGAAUCACUCUUUACACAGACCAUGCUUAUUUAGGUUUUACUCAUACUACUCAACCCUUUACACACUAACAAUAUUAACCACCCAGGAAAGACUUUCUAGUAAAAAGUACACUGCUGUUACAUUCGCCUGUGUGCAGUUCUGACCCUCAGUAUAUACAGUCGUGCCAUAUCUGCAGUGUUCUAUUUCUUUAUCUGUUUGUUUUUCAAAAAAUGGCAUUUACCUGAUAUUCAUAGGUAAACAAAAGGCUGUGCUGUUGUUUGUAAUAAAGCAUAACAUGCAGGCUUA